AUGACCGCUCUCCGCGCCCUCCUCGUCGCCGCGACCACCGCCGCCCUGCGCGUGCCGACGCGCCGCGAGCUCCUCGUGGGCGGCACGACCUCGAUAGCGGCGCCGGCCUUCGCCGACCCGCACGAGUUCGCGCCGUCCGUCGUCGAGGAGGAGUUCUCCACGGGCAAGACCGGUCUGUUGCUGCUCCCACCGGUAGCGCCCCUGCGCAACUCGUACACCUGGGUUAGAGCCGCCGAGGACGAGGCCGAGGCGGCAGGAAUUCUGGCCACUAAUCCCGCCUUCAAGAUGGCCGUGUCCAACUCACUCACUGAACGAGGCCUCAAGCAGGCGUCGGACGCCGCGAAGAAGCUCAAGGACUUGGGGAUGGCCAACCCGCGCAUCUGGUACUGCACCGGGAGGUCUUCCACACAAACAGCCGAUAUUUUGUGCGACGAGCUAGGAAUACCGCAUGAUAGAAUGAUGCCCGAGUACGUCAUGUUGGAUGCGAGGGGCUUCGGCGCGCACGAAGGCAUCAAGCUGAAAGAACUGGAGAAGCUCCACGCGCAGUACGACGCUAAAAGUAGGUACCUCAAGCCCGUCGAGGGCGAGGACGGCAGCUACGCCGAGUCCGUCGAGGACGCCUACGCGCGGAUCCGGUCCGUGCUCUCGAACUGCGAAACCAGUAGAUGCGGCGAGGAGAUCGUCAUCGUGGCUCCCGGCGCGGACCUGCUCUCCAUCGCGUCGGCGAUGUUGAGGGGAGACGACUUGCGGACGCAUUUCAAAAACAAACCGCCGCCCGGCGCCGUCGUCCACUUCGGGGACAUGGCCGCGACGGCGAAGCCCUGGACCCCGUCGAAGAGCAACGACCCGGGACCGGCCUGGGCGGCCGCCGAGCGGGACCGCCUCACGCGCGCGCACGACGACCGCGCGCUCGUCGCGCGCGCGCAAGCUCGAGGCCACCAGGACGUCGACCGUUUAGUGGAUGCGCACCAGGACCACACGAUACGAACGGCGCGCCUCGACGCGCAGGCCGCCGCGCGCCAAGCGACGGCGGACUCGCAAAACGAAAAGAACGCCGCGACGAAGGCCGCGGCCGAAGCGCGCAAGGAGCAGGCCCGCGCGCGGCGCGCGGCGCGCGUCGCGGCCGACCGCGAGCGGAUCCUGUCGGCGCCCCAGAAGGCGGCGUCGGAGGUCUACAGAAAGCCAGAGGUUUCUCAGAAGCCAAAGCCCGCGGCCGCGCCGGCGGCGCCGAAGCCUCUGCGCCAGGCGCUCGCGACGCCGGCUCCCGCCGAGUCGCUCGAGCUGCUGCCCGAGGACGGCCUCCUCGCGGCGAUCCCGCUGGCGCUCGCCAUGGCCGCCGUCGGCGGGUCCUCGCUCGACUCGAAGGAGCAAGCGAAGGCGUCCUACGCCGCCAAGCCCCAGGCCAAGGAGGCGUGGCUCAAGUACAAGGUCUCCGCGCGGAAGCGCCGCGAGGCCGAGGCCGCCCAACUGAAAGCUGAGGAAGAGGCGGCCCAAAAAGCGGCGGCGGACGAGGCCGCGCUCGCGGCGCAGCGCGAGGUCCUCAUCCACGCGAAGAUGCCCGAGCUCGAGGAGCCGUGCGACCCGCUCGACGAGCUGUGCAAGGCGAACUACGAGAACGAGUCCGACGACGCGUGGCUGGCGCAGAUCUCGGGGAUCAUUGCCGAUUCGUCUUCGGAGGAGUAAGCUUACUUAGGGAUACUAACCCGUCGAUUUCAGGGCUCGCGUUUAGGAAAUCGCGCUAGCGGCCUGUAAGACACUAGGGAUGCCAAGCAGAUUUCAGAAGCUUAAGAUCGCUGGGCUCGAGCCCGCGACCGCGAAGCAAGCGAUCUAGUAGUGGAGCAUCGAUA